GGUUAAGCAGAAAUUCCAUCAGGGUUGGGUUAAACUUACUUUAGUCAGACAUCUACACUCUUUCUUCCUGAGUGGUCAUCAGACCUUUAAACUUCAUCAACUGAGACUGGGACAGUUUUUUCAACUCCUGACUGACCCAAAAUGUUUUUGGCCAAAAGACUAAUUGGUGGCAUUCUAGAUGUUGUAAGCAACAUCGAUCCAGGCCAGUUUGUGCCAACAGACCCACCCCCCCCUCGAAGACCUCUUGCGUACGCGGAGCAUAAUGAGAGUGAUGAAGAGGGACAGUUUCGCAAAGUCUUCAAACAGUUGGCUGGCGAUGAUAUGGAGGUGAGCGCGCCCGAGCUGAUGAACAUCCUCAACAGAAUCAUUUCCAAACAUGGGGAUCUUAAGACGGACGGCUUCAGCAUUGAGUCCUGCAGGAGUAUGGUGGCAGUGAUGGAUAGCGACAGCACUGGCAAGCUCGGCUUCCACGAGUUCAAACACCUCUGGAACAACAUUAAGAAAUGGCAGGGUGUGUACAAGGCGCAUGACGCUGACCAUUCUGGCGUCAUUGGAGCUGACGAACUGCCGGCUGCUUUCAAGGCUGCAGGUUUUCCUCUGAACGACCAGCUGUUCCAGAUGAUCAUCCGCCGCUACAGCGGCGAGGACGGGAACAUGGACUUUGACAACUACAUAGGCUGCCUCGUCCGACUCGACGCCAUGUGCUGUGCCUUCAAGACCUUGGACAAGGAUAACAAUGGGACAAUCAAGGUCAACGUCCAGGAGUGGCUCCAGUUGACCAUGUAUUCCUGAGUGUGAAUCCCUUCCGCGCGCUGACCGAACCACUAAACGUCUGUCUGCUUCGCAACGUGCUGAUGGCUCACAGAGACAUGCCUUCUGUGUCUGCCUGGUUGCUGUUGAAUUCUUCCAAAGGUUUUUUUUGUGUUUCUGCUUUGUAAUCAUUUAGAGUUUUAGUUGGUUGUGCCACGUUGUCAGAUGGGUGG